AUUAAUUUAUAAGAUGGAUAAUGACAUAUUUGCUAAUAACUCGAUUGUGAUUGACAUGGGUUCAAGUCAGAUGAAGGCUGGAUUUGGUGGAGAUGACAAACCGAAAUUGAUUUUCAAUUCAUAUAUUGGACGUCCCAAAUAUAAAGCCUUACCUGUAGCAAAUAGUCAAGAAUUUUAUGUAGGAAAUUAAAUUACAGAUAGUACAAGAGGGAUGAUGAAAAUCAAAUACCCCUAUCAAAGAGGUGUGAUCAAAGACAUGAAUGAAAUGGAUUAAUUAUGGAAAUAUACUUUCUAGGAAUUGCAUGGAAAUCCAAAAGAAUGUCCAAUCUUAUUGACUGAACCUCCUUAUGCAUCAUAAUCAUAGAAAGUGGAGAUAGCAAAACAAUUUUUUGAGAGCUAUAAUUGUCCAGCUUUGUUCUUUGCAGUAUCCGGAGUCAUCAGUUUAUUUGCCAGUGGUAAGACAACGGGAGUCAUUCUGGAUGUUGGAGACACAGUAUCUUAAAGUAUUCCAAUUUAUGAUGGAUUCUACAUUUAACACAGUGCAUAGAGAGUAGAUUUGGCAGGUAGAGAUGUGACAGAAAAUCUGAAUAAUUUGUUGAGAAGAGCAGGAUACACAUUCACUACUACAGCAGAAUAUGAAAUUAUAAAGAAGGUUAAGGAAAAAAGAUGUUUCUUAAGUCCAGCCAUGAUUGGAGAAGACAAGUUUUAGGAGGAGAGGAAGAUCAAAGACCAAUAUAUGUUACCAGAUAACAGUACCAUUGAAUUGAGUUUUGAAAAAUAAAGAGCACCUGAGAUUUUGAUGUGUCCAGAAAAAUAUGGUCUAGAAUUGAAUUCUAUUCCUGAAAUUUUGGCAAAUUCAAUAUAGAAAGUUGAUCUAGAUUUGAGGAAACCAUUAUAUAGUGAAAUUGUAUUGACAGGAGGUACAUCCAUGAUGUAAGGAUUUCCAGAGAGAUUAAUAGGAGAAGUAAAGAGAUUAGUACCAAAGGAGGCUAAGGUGAAAAUUUGGGCCCCACCUGAAAGAAUUACUUUGAGUUGGUAAGGUGGGUCAAUUUUGUCUCAUUUGGCAUCAUUCAAAAGUAUGUGGAUAUUGAAGAAAGAGUUUGAAGAUGAAGGAGAACGCAUUUUAAUCAAAAAAUAAUUGUGA